AUGGAAGGAGCCAGAGACCAAGGACCAAAACGCGCCAUGCUCUUCUGUUGGGGGGACGGCUCCUACGGGCAGCUGGGCUUGGGCGAGGAAGGGGCCUCCCAGCCGGUCCCUCUCCGUCGCGGUCCGCCAGCGGUUGGUGUACAAGAAGUAGUCCUGGUGGCUUGCGGGGAGCGGCACACGUUGCUGCUCCAAGCCGACGGGACCCUGGCUUCUUGCGGGGACAACGCCCAGGGCCAGCUGGGGAAGACCCUCUCCGCCGGACGGCGGCGGUGCUACCUGCCAGAACCAAUCCAAGCCUUGGAAACCCAGACGAUCAUCUACAUAAGCUGUGGAAAGGAGCACUCAUUGGCUAUCAGCAACCAAGGGAGGGUAUUUUCAUGGGGAGCUGGUGCUUUUGGACAACUUGGCACUGGGAUACUAGAGGACUCUUUGAUUCCAAAGAAAAUAGAUUCAUUAUCUAUGUACAAUGUUAUACAAAUUGCUUGUGGACAGUAUCACUCCAUAGCACUAACUAAAGAUGGUCGAGUUUUUUCAUGGGGACAGAACAUCCAUGGUCAACUGGGUCUUGGCAAAGGACUUCCUUCCCAAGCUACUCCAUGUAACAUUUCCUCUCUUGCUGGCAUCCCUGUGGCCCAGGUGGCUGCUGGUGGGGGACACAGCUUUGUCUUGUCUCAUUCUGGAGUAGUCUAUGGCUGGGGAAGGAACAAUGCACAUCAGUUGGGUUUAAAUCAGAGAACUUCAAAAGAACAGAUCUUCAAACCCUACUCAAUAGGAGCCCUGAGAAAUCUUGAAGUGACAUAUGUUAGCUGUGGAGAUGAACAUACAGCUGUGCUUACCAAGAGUGGCUGUGUUUUCACCUUUGGAGAUGACAGUGCAGGACAAUUAGGACACAACUCUUCAAAGGCUGGCCCUCAGAAAAUCGAUGAGAUUGAUGGUCCAGUUUCCCAAGUGUCCUGUGGAAACUAUCACACCCUUUGUUUCUCUGCUUCUGGGCAGUUGUGGUCUUUUGGACGUGGUUUCCUGCAGGACACAGGAAGUCCGGGAUCGGAUAGCAAACAGGAAGAAAGAAAGUGUAUCGACAUCAGUGCUCUUCUGGGCCCUAAUGAAUUGUUGGGAGUCCACGUUUUUGCUGGAGCAUAUGUCAGCUUUGUCAAUAUAUUUCAGGCUUCUGCAUGUGCUAAUGCAACCACCUCUUUGGAAGUCUUGCCUAGGAUCAGCCAGCUGGACAGAGGACUGAUUGAGAAAUGGAAGUCAACAGAAAUAGGAAGCGAAGCACAGCAGGAUGCUAAAAGGGAGAUAAAAGAAAUUUUUUCGUCACCUCCUUGCUUAACAGCAAGCUUCUUAAAAACAAGAUCUGCUGUGUCUAUGGACUAUUAUAUCCCAGUGGAUCUGCAGGAAACAAGAGAUGUUUUGAAAGAACUUACUGUGAGAGAUUGGAUUGCUCAGCAGAUCAGUUAUUCUCUAUUGGACCAUCUCGUUCCUGCUCUUCCCCGGAGUUCUUCUCACCAAGAAGCUCUUGCUGUUUUUCUUCUGGUGCCUGAGUGCUGUGUUGCUCUUGGAGCACACAUGAUAUCAUCACUAGCUUUUCAGUUUGCAGAAGCUGUCACAGGUCUGAGCAAGUGCUCUUCCAACAUUCUAGAAAAUUAUUGGUCCUUGUUGCCAGGUCCAUUUUUAGAGCAAAUAGUUCAAAUGUUGAAGACGUGGGUGUCAGCAAUGUUGCCUUAUUACAACCUUUCUCCCCAAGCAAAGUCAUGGAUUCAUCCUCUCAAAGUGCUUAAAAGGCUGUAUAAGAUCAACAUGAAGGCUACGUGCCGACUGCAAACAAGUACCUUCUGCAUAGAUGAAAUUCCUCAAAAAAUUAAAAUAGAGGAAGAUUUUUGGAGAUGGAAGUUGCAGGAUGGAAACAAUAAUAUCCCAGAAGAAGAGCGCUUAAUCUCUUUCUGCUGUUUUCCUUUCAUCUACAAUGUAUCCACCAAGAGGGAAAUACUUUAUUACGGAUCCCUUACUGUACAAGAGGCGUUCAAAAUGAAAGCUUGUAAUGAAUUGGUUUACAAUCGAAGGCUGGGAACUAGUGACCUUCCAGAACUUCCCGCUUUUCCUCUGAGAGUGCGACGUCAAUUUCUCGUUGAAGAUACCUGGCACAAGCUUAGUAUAAUGGAGGACAUCUACCUGAAAAAGCACCUGCUGGUUCAAUUUGAAAAUGAAACACUUAAUUAUGAAGAUAAAGGUAUCCUGGUGGAAUUCUUUUCACAAGUGUUUGAAGAGGUGGUACAGCCAAAAUAUGGAAUGUUUAUGUAUUGUGAACACAAUUCCCCAAUGUGGUUCCCUCCCAAGCCUUCAGUGGAGAAGAAUAAAUAUUACCUUUUUGGGAUUCUCUGUGGACUCUCAAUAGCCAACGGAGUGACUGCCUACAUACCUUUCCCACUUGCCCUCUUUAAAAAGCUGCUGAACAAGAAACCAACUCUCAGUGAUCUGCAAGAGCUAAGCCCUGUCAUAGGAGGAUGUUUGCAGACAGCUCUUGAUUAUGAACGUGAUGAUUUUGAAGACAUGUUUCAGCUAUGUUACUCUGUUUCCUGGGAUGGCAUGGAUGUAGACUUGAUUGAAAAUGGCAUUUUGACAGCUGUAAACAAGGCCAAUAAGAAAGACUUUGUUGACAAAUACGUGGAUUACAUAUUCAACAAAUCAGUGGAUGAUGUUUUCAGUGAGUUUAGGAGAGGAUUUUACAAAGUCCUGGAUGAACAGCUAGUUGGUAUUUUUGAGCCCGAACAACUGAUUAAAGUGGCAAUUGGAAAUGCCAAUUAUAAUUGGGAUUUGUAUGAAGAGAAUGCUGUGUAUCGUAACAUAUACAACUCAACGCACCCAACCAUAAAAAUGUUCUGGGAAGUUUUUCAUGGGCUGAGUUUGGAGGAUAAAAAACGUUUUCUAGUCUUUGUGGAAGGAAACGACAGGAUCCCCGUGACAGGAAUGAGACCUUUGAACAUUUGUCCACAUUACUUGCCCUCAGAGGAUCUUAUCCCCGGGGCCUGGAUCUGUUUUUCUGUUUUAUUUCUGCCAAUUUAUUCAACAAAACAAAAACUGGAGGAGAAGCUUUUUCAAGCUCUCAACAACAAUCAUAGCUUUGGCAGAUUUUAGACUAGAGACUGAAAGAAGAAUUUGAAGAUGCCACCUUUGAAGCUGUAGCCUUCUUUUGACCUCAGAUGGGAGGACAGAUAAUCCCAAGGGAUUUUGAUUAGAUGACUGUUCAGUGAUUUUCUUGCUUUAUUUAGAAAUAAAGUGAUGUAUAGUCUAAAAUCAAAUAUAUAGCCCUUUGAAAAUACGCUGUUUUGACUAACAUGUAAUUAGAUUGAGUUAAUAUGUUCCUUUAAACAUAUGUAUUUAUUAAUGUGGUUAUUUCUAAAAAUAUUCCUAGAUGAUCGGAUUGGCUAGUCUUGAGUUGCUGGUGGGAAGGAAGUCCCUGAGAAGUGAUCCUCCCCACAAUUGCACUGUUUAUAUAGUAGAUAUGUAGUGAGCACAUUUGUCUGAUGAGAGCAGCAAUAAACAUACCACUCUGAUCAGCCCUGUGUGUUGUUUCUGGUUCCUUUGCCUGACUG